GAACUGUGUGAAGCAUGCUGCCAAUAAGAAUUAUUGAGCGACCCUGAUUUGGAGAUUCUGGGAUAUUCUUGAAUAAAGCAAAAUGAACCUCUGUCGAUGCUGCAAAACAUCUCACAGAGGCCUUAGGUUUAUGCACUCUCAACCUGGGAAUGCAGAUGAUGUGAAGAACAAAUUAUCCUGUGAAGUUCUUGCAGCGUUAGGUGACACCAGCCUUAGCUGGUUCGAUGACUUGACUGCAGCCCACAUUGACGCUCAGGCCACAAGGAAGGAUGCCGAGCGUCAGGUUCAAGAUGAGUCAGAAUUCUGGUCACCGUGUCCAAGGGGAGGUGUUUUCUCGGUGGCUGUUCCCAACAAGAACAGAAACGGAGACAUGACCCCCAUGACAGCUUUGCUAUCUACCUCGGGGAAUACCUCCAAUAUUUUGCUCAAUGCGUCCCCGUCGAUGCAAAGUCCCAUGAACGGCUUGAAGUGUGACCAGUCAGCUAUUUCCUGGACCAGCGCCAUGGCCACGCCCCUUGACCCUUCCUCCGCCUUUGCUUCAUUUUCAGAAAGCAAGGAUGAAAACUUUGCCUUUGGGGAAAUGGAUGAAGGCAACAUCACAAUCACUGAACAGUCAGCGACUGAGGCUGGCAAAUUGAAGCCCUUCAGUCGCCAGCUGUUCUCCCCGGGGCAAACGUCCUUGAACGACGACAGCCUCAGCGAGAUGUUCAAUGCUGAUGCCGCGACCUCUGAUAUGACUGUUGAGCUGGAGAGCACGCUGAUGAGCGAGGGGGAGCUGCCUUGUACGGCUGACAACACCUUGACCUCUAAUCCUGAGAGUGCAGAGAAAGUAAAUGAGGACGGAAGAAAAAUGAAGAAAUCUUGGCCACAUGGGUCGGGAUCUGUGGUGACAGUUGGUGACCAUACAGAAAAUAGACAAGGAGUGAAGCUUGCUUGUUUAAAAGAACCAAGUCAUUCCAAUGGUGAUCUCAAAGGCUCACGUUUUCCAGCUCAUGAAUUGAGCAGUGAAUCGGGUAAAAAAGGUUCAUCUAUUCGAGAUGAUGCAGGAAGAGGAAGUCGGGAGAAAGGCUUGACUGUACUUGAUAAUUCUGAUGUAGGAGGAGAUUGUUCUAUAGCUGUAUCUGACAGGUCAGGUCUGUCGGAAGAAAAUUUUCAAGACUUUCAAACCCCGCAUGAGGUCGAGAAUGAAAGAGUGAAAGAUAAAGAUCGCAGUGUAGAAGAUGAAAGACGCUCGAGUCACAUAGACGAGUUGUUGUCAAUGGUGUUCUGUAGUCAGGAGAGUUCUCCUGCAGAAGCCGGUACAAAGGACGGAGGGCAAGUUACGCAGAUGCAUGUAGAGGAAAAUACAAAGUGUGAAGUGUCGGGAGUUGGUGAGAGGUGCUCUGGUAACAAAGAUCGGAGAGCCGAGGUACAGGCUUUGAAUUUACCGAGAGACUCCUUAGGUGUAAAUACUCUAUUCGAUGGUACGAGGAAGAAUUCUGAUUUAGGAGAUGUUGAUCAAACUACGCCAGUGAGAAAGGUUGGUCUCGGAAAUGUACAAAGUUUUGUUGGUGAAAGCUGUGAUCCAGGAAAAGGUUGCUCAAAUUUGGAACAUUCCCUUGUUCCUAUGACUGAUCUAGGUAAAAGAUUAUCAAAUGGCCUCGAUGAGGGGUCAAAAACUCCACAGUCAAUUCUGAAAAACCCUAAGACCCCAAAGUUGUCAACCAGGAAAAAAGUGCGCUUCUCCACCGAGGAUAUGGGACCAGGAGAUGUAGAAAAUACAGCUGGAGGUAAUCUAAGCACGGUAGAAGGGCUAGAUAUGACAGUGAGUGACAACGAACAUCUGAAGGAACUGAGUGACAGCGGACGUCUGAAGAAACUGAGUAACAGCAAGAGGGAAUUCCUUAUGGGUGAGCAGCUACCCCCUAGUGAGAUAACGGAAGACGCUCCUGAGCUCAAUGAACUCGGGGAUGCUGUUUUAGCUGAUUUGUCUCUCUCGAUGUUUGAAGCAGACGACGGAGGUGAACAUGAAAGUGUGUGGGAGGAAGAGGAGCCGUUGUUGAGUUCUCAGGUGGAGGGACUUGCCGAUAGAGUCAGUGGGCUCUAUGAAGAGGGUGACGCGGAAAUGUCUCACGAGGAAGUGGACGAUGCGGAGUCCGGUCUUGCUGCUGUGGGAUGUGAAACAGACGGCUUCGGUCCGGAUGAUUCUUUCGAAGUUCUGGCGUCAAGUUUCUGUAGCCAGGUGUUGCUGAGUUCUCAGGUAGACGACAGAGCUGACAGACACAGGGCGGUGCAGGAGGAAGUGCGCGACCCUUGUCUCGCGGAGAAAGUGUUGAGAGUUGAUGUACCUCACAGGAAGAAUAGUUCAGAAAGUUCAGAAAGUUUUUUUAAGGAGGACGAUUUAGUAAAGUGUUCUGAGGUGAAGUGUGGCACAGAAAAUAAACAGGCUACUGUUAUGGUAUCAGAGAAUAAGAAGGCUGGUACAAUGAAUGGUUUCAGAACUCUAGACUGUGACUUUGAAGAGGAUGAUGAAAGUUUAUGUUUGGCUGUGGCUUUGGCCGAGAAUCAGCAAAUUUGUGAUAAGGAGAAAGCAUCUCCUGAUGUUGACGGCAACAGUGUCUGUGUUGAUGGGGGAAGCAGUGAUGAAGACAAAGGCGGAUUGGUCAAGGGUGUUGUUGACAGCAAGAGCGGUGUACCUUCUCGCACUAUUGAUGAACAGAAGACGAAAGAGUGUUCCCGAACUGUGGGCUGUACAGAGGAUCAAAACUGUCCGUUGUCCAAAACCUCGAUGGCAACGGUGGCUACAUCAACUUCGGGUCCAGUCACCACAGUCCCGUGUGCCUCACGCGGUGAACACACUCUGACAGCUUCGUCUUCGUCAUCCUUAUCUGCUGCGUCACGUGUAUCCCCUGCCGUCACCACUCAGUCACUUCAGACUCCGCAGUCGGCGAGACCUCUCCUUUCAUCAGCGACUUCUUCUUCGUCAUCCUUAUCUACCAUGUCACGUGUAUCUCCGACUGUCACCGUUCAGUCACUGAAGACUCUGCAAUCGCCGAGACCUCUGCUUUCAUCAGCAGCUUCUUCUUCGUCAUCUUCAUCUUCUGUAGUAACUCCCUCGUCUUCCCGACCCUCUCCGUCUUUGGCCAAACCCUUGCUGAGUCUCCUGACCAGCAAACGGAAAAAGUUUGUGUACCCGACCCAACGCGCAGAAGAGGAGACCCCCGAGAUGCGACUGUCCAAACUGCUGAACGCGGCCUUGUCUUCCAAACUACCAUCUCUCCAAGCUACAGUACCGCACACGGGGAAAGUGAACUCGAAUAUAAUGCAUUCGCCGAAACUAUCAGAAACUCCCACUUCCUCCAAGGCUGUAAGACUUCAGUGUGUAGCGGAGCAGCCAUCGGUGAGACAGGCGGCCAUCACCCCAGCCUACCACUCUGCUGUAGACUGUCAACAAAAAGCUGUCAGCCCCAAGAAUCCUCCACAUCAACCUGCAAUGUCAAAAAAAGGAAAGAAGGAUCUCCUCGGAUUCGCCAGGUUCUCAGAUGUGUUUUGUGAUGAGGCCGUGGAGGAAAAGCCGCCGGAGACAACGACGAAGGGUGCAGCAAAUGUUCUCUGGGCUCAAGAAAUGUCUGAAGGGAGAAAGGACAAUGCUGUUCGUUCUGUGGAAAGAAGAGACUUGAAUGUUGGGACUGUGGAAUCUGUAACGAUGCCUGAAGCUGAACGUACUUCGGCUGGAGAACUAACAGUUCGGCUCUGUGAUAAAGUAGUAACGUGUAAACUUGGAAACAACAACUCUAAUUAUAGAUCAGACUCUUCUGAUACUCAAAAUGCGGUAGAUAAACGCAGUAAUCAUCACCACGCUGAUGCAGCCGCGGCACGUGUAGAGGAUUUUAUUGAGACAGCGCGCGGCACCGGUGACAGUCCUACGACGACGCCUGAAGACGCGGAUGAAUUCAUGUUCUCCUCUCAAAUGUGGCGAGCCACCGAGUUUUCUCAGAUUGAGUCCUCACAGACGCACGCUGAGGACGGAUCGACGAAAGUCAUGGCCUCAGAUAAAAUGUAA